AUGCACCAGCCGCCCCAGCAGCCGGGGAGAAGGGGGUUCGAUUGUGCGCUCGUCUGUGAGAUGGAGCGUGCGAACGACGGGGAGGAUGCCCCUCACGAGAAUAGGUGGAAGGAAAAAGCCGAUGCGGUAGGUCUGGUCGUCGGCAUCUGGAACCGGCUCGAAGAAGAUAUCGAAGUUGCUAAACCAAUGGUGGAGAUUGUAGUUAAUGGUCACGGCAUUUCGGGGCUUGUCGAUGUCGGCUCCUCCGAUCAUGUGGACAACUCCGUCGUCAAGCAUGUUGAGGAUCGAUAG